AUGGCGUCGCGCCGAUCACCCGUCGCAGCAACGGCGACGAGCGAUACUAGCGGGGCUGUUGCGCUGACGAGGCACCAGCACGGCAAGUCGCGCGUGCGGCUGGGGCGCGUGUGGCGACGCGGCGGCGAGCACGCGAUGGUGGAGUGGAGCAUCGACAUCGCGCUCGCCUCCAAGGCGGACGCGUCGUUCCUCGGCGAUGAUUGCUCCGCGGUCGUUGCCACCGACACCGUGAAGAACACGGUGUAUGUGCUGGCGAAGCAGUGCACCAGCGAGCUACCACCAGAGCUGUUCGCCAUAAAGCUGGGCCGCCACUUUGUGUCCUUCUAUGACGUGGUGACAGCAGCGUCCAUCCGCAUUGUGGAGCAGCCGUGGCAGCGCGUGCAUGUGGGGGGACAGCCACAUGACCACGGUUUCACGCUGGGCAGGGAGAGGCGGGUGGCGGAGGUGGAGGUGGAUGCAGCGGGGCAGCACCGAGUGCGGGCGGGUGUUGAGGAAUACUCGGUGCUCAAGACGACCCAGUCCGGCUUUGAGGGCUUCAUACGCGAUCAGAACACACUGCUGCCAGACACAAGGGAGCGCAUCCUCGCCACCACAGUGCAGGCCACGUGGAGCUACUCACGUGACCCGCCAUGCUUCAAUGCGGCCUACUCGACAGCCAAGGCAGCCCUCACCGACACUUUCUUUGGCCCGCCCCAAGGGGGAGUGUACAGCCCUUCUGUGCAGCGCACGCUUUACCUCAUGGGCGAGGAGGUGCUGUCACGAGUGCCAGAGGCGGACAGCGUGCAUCUGAAGCUGCCCAAUCUGCACUUCAUCCCCGUCAACCUGCCAGGCAUCGGCCUCAAGUUCGAGGAUGACGUGUAUCUGCCCACCAGCGAGCCCCACGGCAGCAUUGAGGCGUGUGUCUCCCGCAAAACAGCAGCGCUGGCAGCAAGGCUUUAA